AUGGAUACCUCUAGCAGAUCUUCUUCUCCGAUGUCUAUCUUUUCCACUGCCUCUGCUUUCAAGCUUCCGUACACUCGAAUUCCCGGAUCUCAACAAAAAGAUCGUAGUCUCAAGUGGACCGUUUGCAAAUGCUCAUCACUGAAAAUGAGAACCAUUCGUGUAGCUCAUCCGGAUGGUCGUUCUUAUCCAUUUGAGUUCUGCGCUGAAAAGGAUACCUUUGUACCUCAUGUGUGCUCUCCAUGUUUGCCAAUUAUUGCCGAGAAGGGCCUCUUUCCUGACUACGCUGUCUGGUGUGAAGAGAUUGGAAACCGUGUGAUUUUUGCAUUCAACUCGAUGUCGAACAAGAUGGAACAGUUUCUAUUCUUUCAAAACUCGCAGAUUUGUGGAAGUUGAUCGUCCAGAGUUGGUUUAUGAUCGGGAAAAAGCCACGACAGGGAGUAUGGUCACAGUAUUAAAUGGUGAGAAAGAGACUAUUGUGAUUGAAAGAGAUGAAACUGGAGCAAUGAUGACAAGAUCGUCUAUGCAUGCAUGUUCACCAAAAAAUCCAGUUACUACACUGGUAAUGCAAAGUAUUGAGACGAAUGGAUUGAUGGUUAGAGAAGAUGAAGAAGUAACAGAAAUCAGUAAUGAGUUUGGAUUUUUGGACUACUUGAAGACUCUCGCACCGUUCAGAAUUCAAUAUUGCGGAUUCACAACAAUUGUCGUGGCUGUUCUUUCCAAGAAAACCGGGAGAUAUUCAAAAUAUCAUUACGACAAUAGCACAGGAAAGUUCAUCAACGCAACAAGUAUUGGUUGUUCUAUGUGCAAUUCGGUUACCUCCGAAGAUGAUCUAAUUCCAAAGUAUUCCGUUCAUUCAAAAGUAUUAGAUACACGUGUGAUUCACUGCUUCAACUGCUUAAGCGAAAAGAAUGAACAGUAUACGUAUAAUUCAGCCACGAAUGAGUUUGAGCAAGUUUACUGUAAGGAGCUUGUCUAUGAUGCCCGUCGAGCCACGAACACAACACUGGAUGUUUUCGCAAAAGAUAAUGGAACUGUUCUUAUCAGUAGAACUAUCGACGAAACAAUUCAGAAGGAAAAAUAUUGCAGCUUGACGAAAGAAUAUGUAAUACUUCGGGCAGCUCGAGUGAAGACAUUUGCUGUAAAAAUUGAAGAAGAAAGACAGAAGAAGCUGGAUGAAAAGGAACAACUGAAGGUGCAAGAUCAAGAGAAUCCGAAGGAUAAGCAAAUUCUUGAGAUCAAGUUGGAAAUGGAAAAAAUCAAGAAGUCACUGGAACAAAGAGAUAGGAAGAUUAUGAGGCACGAGAGUGAACAAUAUGUCAUGGGAGUUGAAUUGGAUUGUGCGAAAGAGGAGUUGAACGAAAGUCGUAUGAAAAUUAAGGAAGCAAAUGAUUAUUGCUCUAAAUUAAAUGCAGAAAAAUCUCAAUCUCUCAUUGCAUCCAUGGAAACUAAAAAACAGAAUAAGAAUCUCAAGAAGAGCUUGGCGGAAAAGGAAAAACUGAUUGAGAAGUUGAAGGUGGAAAUCACCGAAAAAACAACUCAAGGGAAAAGUGGCCAAAUGAGAGGUAGGAAUUUGAUAUUUCACUUUUCAAACAUAUUAUUUACUAAAAUCAUUUCAGAACACUCUGUGCACCAUCGUAAUGUCAAUCCUGUUUCCAAGACCAACGCUCGGCCAUCACCAAGAAAUAUGGAAGAAGUCUUUGGUGUAACCUAUCCACCACAAUACGCUGGAACAGCCCGGGUAACAGCAGCCGCGUGGGCACCCAAAAAACCUUCUAACGAUCGUAUCAGCGUUCAAGUUCCGUUAGAAUAUUGGCAGCAUAACCGGCGUUGUGAAUAA